GGCUCCAAGUGUCAGACGCCUGUGGUGGCCUGCAGCACGGGGCUUUGGUGCGCCAACGGAGGCAUGUGUGUGUUCUCAGAGGAGGCCAACGCCACCAUCUGCAAGUGCCCUUCCACGCACACUGGCGCCAGCUGUCAGACGCUGGUGGAAGCUCAAGAUUUCGGUCCAUCGGAGCAGCUGCGGACCAACUUCACGUCGCCCCUCAUCAUCCCAUCCAACUCCACGCUCGACUUGAUAGUCGACGAGCGAGACAAGUACUUUCACACCUUCUUCGCCCUCCUUGGCGCUCUUGUCUUCGUGUGGGUGGUGUCUCUCUGCUUCGUGUACCACUCGCGUGAGCGCAGGCGCAGCAGCAGAGCGGUUGCUGUGUUCGGAAUGCCGAACUCGGCCGGGCAGUUCGGGAUGCCGAACCAGGCAGGGCAGUUCGGGAUGCCGAAUCAGGCUGGACAGUUUGGGAUGCCGAACCAGGCCGCCCAGUUCGGCAUGGCGAACCAAAGCGGGCAGUUCGGAAUGGCGAGUCUUAACGGACAUUCGGGACCCGCGGAACCGGCAAGGCAUCUGGGGUUGGGGGAGCCGACGAGGCUGUCCGGUUCGCCGGAUCCCGCCAAGCAACGAGCGAUGUCCGUUCAAAUGGAAGCGUGGGGCGGCUCCGCCUCUCAAAGGUCUGCACCCCCAGUGGCGGCGCCGCCGCUGGCGGACGGGCAGCUGACGCAAGUUCCGUUAGACAACCCGGCGAGCCAGGAGCGCGCAGCCAAGGAUCAGCAGCUGCACGCCACGGAGACGAGCCUGAGGACCAAGGAGGAGGAGCUGCGGCGCAUGCAGGAGGCGGUGGAGAAGCGCGUGGCGCAGCAGGUGACGCGCGUUGAGCAGGAGGCGAAGAAGCUGGAGCAGCUGCGGAAGGAGUUGGAUACAAUAGAGGACCCGACCAAGAAGGAGGUGGCGGAUUUGAGGAAGCGGAUCGAGCUGGUGGAUCGGGAGCUGAGGCCCAUGCGGGCUCUGGUGGAGAGGAAGGAGAAGGAGCUGAAGGAUGCCACCACGGCAUACAACAACAAGAAUGCACAGAAGUCAGAGCUGGUUGGGAAACUGUUCGAGAUUGUGACAGAGAGUGAGCGGCAACGGCUGGCCAAGCUGGAGGAGAUAACCUCGCUGCUGACGCAGAUGGAACGGAAAGAAGGGGGGCAGUGA